UUGAUUUUUGUACGCACGUCUUGUAAAUUCGAUGUUCUACAUGAAAAACCUCUGAAUGCGUAUAAAUUGUGACAAAGUGCCGUGAUAAUGAUAAGACUGUCGCGUGCCCAUUGAUUAUAAUGUACGACAGCACGUGCGGGGCUGCCGCUACCGGGCAAUGCGGUAAGGCGCAACGGGAAAGCGACGGGCCUCCUUCUAGGGAGCAGCCGCCGGCGCCCUUGGAGCGCGACUAUAGUGGGUUCGACAUAGUGAAGGCGACGCAGUAUGGUGCAUUCUCUCGCGUCAAGGAGCUGGUUGAAGCAGGGUGGGACGUCAACCAGCCAGACCAUGAAACUGUCACCCUGUUACACUGGGCGGCUAUUAACAACAGACGGGAGAUCAUCGAGUAUCUGCUGUCGAAGGGCGCGGUGGUGGACGCCAUCGGCGGCGAGCUGCAGUCCACGCCGCUGCACUGGGCCACGCGGCAGGGCCACCUCGAGGCCACCGUGGUGCUCGUGAACGCCGGCGCCGACCCCUCCGUGCGCGACGCCGAGGGCUGCGCCUGCCUGCACCUGGCCGCGCAGUUCGGCCACACCGCCGUCGUCGCGUACCUGGUGGCGCGCGGCACGCCGCCCGACGCGCCCGACGCCGCCGGCAUGACGCCGCUCAUGUGGGCCAGCUGGAAGGUGUCGGCCGUGGACCCCGCGCGCCUGCUGCUCACUCUGGGCGCGUCCCCCGCCCCCGCGGACCGCUCGCACGGCAACACGGCGUUGCACUGGGCCAUUCUUGCGCGCAACACCACCGCCAUAUCCACCCUCAUCCUGUACGGCAACGCGAGCCUUGACGUGCCCAACCUGCGCGGCGUCACGCCGCUGGCGAUGAUGCAGAGCUACGCCGACUCGCUGUGGGUCGGCGCCAAGGUCUCCGACAAGAUCAAGGAGCACACCCUAGCCACCUCUAAGAAGAAUUUCAUCCGCAGACUGGCAUACGAUAAGAAGUUCCGGUGGUGGUGCGUGGUGAGCGUGCCGUUCGUGGCGUUCUACGUGACGGGGCUGCUGCUGGAGGCGGACGCGCCGUACGCGCUCAAGGCGCUGCUGCUGCUCUGCUUCUACGCACUGCUGCACUUCCUCACCAACGCGCUCUUCGACGACGACCUCAAGAACAUCUUCCCGCUCAGCGUCUACCUCGCCACCAAGGUGUGGUUCUACAUAACGUGGAUGGCGUUCGUGGCGCCGGCGGUGUCGGCGGCGGCGACGGCGGGCUUCCUGCUGUGCUCGCUGGCGCUGUGGUACACGUUCCUGCGCUCGUGGCGCUCCGACCCCGGCGUGAUCGCCGCCUCGCGCGCCGAGCGCAUGCGCACCAUCGUCGAGCUCUCCGAGGGCGGCGCCGGCGGCUUCGAGCCCGCGCGCUUCUGCUCAGCCUGCCUGCUGCGCCGCCCGCUCCGCUCCAAGCACUGCUCUGUGUGCAACCGCUGCGUCGCCAAGUUCGACCACCACUGCCCGUGGGUCGCCAACUGCAUUGGCGCGAGGAACCACCGCCACUUCGUCGGCUUCCUGAUCAGCCUGCUGGUGAUGUGCUGCUGGAUGGUGUGGGGCGGUGUCGCGUACUACCGCGCGCGCUGCCCGCCCGAGCCGGCCGCGUGGCCCGCGUGCAACGCGUGGGUCGCGUGGGUGCUGCUCAACGCCGGCUUCCACCUGGUGUGGGUGACGGUGCUGACGGCGUGCCAGCUGUACCUGGUGGUGUGCCUGGGCAUGACGACCAACGAGUCGCUGAACCGCGGCCGCUACCGCCACUUCCAGGAGCUGGGCGGGCGGUCGCCGUUCUCGCGCGGGCCGCUGCGCAACCUGGCCGACUUUCUGGGCGUGCGCGUGUGCGGCGCCGCGCCCCGCGACACCGACUGGACGUCCGACGACGAGCCCAUGCUGCCGAGCCGCUACGUGUGAGCGCGGCCCGACGCCGGUCCGGGCCAGCCCGUCUAGCGGGCCGGCGUCGCCCGCGCCCCCGCCGCCCCCCGCCGCCCGGGGCGCGCCCUCACCACCGCCCCGCGAUUAUGUAUACUCCGCUGAGUGAGUACAAUCUAACGUAGGAGCACUGGAUGCGGAUAAUAUUCCUCCACCUAAGCCUCGAGGCGUGGUACUAGGCCGGAGUAUAAGGGGCCGUGCUAUACUGGAAUGGCAGCGGCGAGGCGAGCACUUUCAGUGUCAUAUGAUUUUAA